UCUCUGCCCCAUCAAAGUCUUCGAUAUCCGUAGCUUGUUCCUUUAUUCACUAAGAGUCACGCUAAUCUUCUCUCUGUUUUGCCGAGCUCAAGUUCAGCUUUACUCGGUCCAGCUUGUCUUCUCCGUAUAUAAUUUGAAUUCUUGCUUCGUGCGCACACACAGUCAGUGAGUCAGAGACGUUUUCCUCGUGCUUUGUUGAUUCCAUGGAACCCUAUCAAUCACAUCUUAGCUCGAACCUCCGUUGUCAGCCGUUGAUAUCAUAGAAAACUUUAGACCCUUCUGUGUUGACUUUUUGCUAUUUUUCAAUGCAUCGAAUAGCUUGGUGUCGUUGGAUAUUGCUUUCUUUUUCACUCUUCUGUUUAGUGCGUGGGCUUGACGCAAGUGCUGGUGAUGCUGAUCCGGUUUACAAGUCUUGCGUGGAGCAAUGUCAGAAAACUGGGUGUGUCGGUGGGAAAUGCUUCCAACAUUGUAAGUUCUCAGCUGAUGGAAAGCCUAUUGAUGGACCUUGGUAUCUGCAAGAGCCGCUUUAUCUGCAGUGGAAACAAUGGGACUGUCGCAGUGAUUGUCGAUACCACUGCAUGGUUGCCAGAGAGGAAGAAAGACAAAAGCUUGGUGAUAAGCCUGUCAAGUAUCACGGGAAAUGGGCAUUUCAACGUGUUUAUGGAAUUCAGGAACCUGUUUCUGUUGCUUUCUCUGCCCUCAAUCUUGCUAUUCAAUUUCAUGGUUGGGUGUCCUUUUUCAUCCUCGUAUACUACAAUUUACCAUUGAGACCAAAUAAGAGAACUUAUUAUGAAUAUACUGGCUUGUGGCACAUCUACGGGGUCCUAUCAAUGAACUCUUGGUUCUGGAGUGCCGUUUUCCACAGUCGGGAUGUUGAGUUGACAGAGAAGCUAGAUUAUUCCUCUGCAGUGGCAUUGCUUGGGUUUACUCUUAUUCUCGCAAUACUGCGAGCAUUUUGCGUGAGAGAUGAGGCUGCAAGAGUCAUGGUUGCUGCUCCUGGGAUUGCAUUUCUUACAACACAUAUCAUGUAUCUGAACUUCUAUAAUUUUGAUUAUGGCUUGAACAUGAAAGUUUGUACAGCCAUGAGUAUAGCACAACUACUCAUUUGGGCAGUUUGGGCGGGUAUUACUCGUCAUCCAUCAAGGUGGAAGUUGUGGGUGGUGGUGGUGGGAGGAGGUCUAGCCACGCUCUUGGAAAUAUAUGACUUCCCACCAUACCAUGGAUUUGUUGAUGCUCAUGCUCUUUGGCAUGCAAGUACCAUACCACUAACAUAUCUUUGGUGGAGCUUCGUCAGGGAUGAUGCAGAGUUUAGAACAUCAAGUCUCCUCAAGAAAACCAAGUAGCACUUUCCGUACCCUAUCCUUGAAGUAAGCGGACGAUAGAUUAUGCCAAGCACAUCGCAGGCUCAGUUAUGUGUCGAACAACUGAAAAGCGUUCUUUUUCCUGUGCAUGUAUUUUUCGCAGAUGCGUACUCCUUCCACUUUGAAUUUCAUUUGGUGUUGAUCUAUUAUUUCUACGGACAAUGUGGUACACAUUCUGUAAUGAAACUCAAAUUUUGAGAUCACUGGGCAUUUUCCUUUUCAUAUGAAGAAACCAGGCUGCAGAAUUUUAGUUGUAAAGUUUGUUUCUGUUGUACGGAUAUGUUGAUUGUAUAAAUUCAAUCACGUGGAUUGGACACUGAGAUAUACAUCCGUCAAUUGUAGAGUAGUCUUUUUGUGCUACUUGUAAGAUAUGCAACCUCUUGGCUGGGGAGUUUAUCAGGUGGCAAUAAUGUUUUUAUUGCUGGAUCAUUAUAUGGACACGACUCAUGGUGUAAUUCCACUUUCUAUUUUUCUGCUUC